AUGUUGCCACAUCUGGCAGCACUGACGGUACGGAAGGCGAGCCGAACCACAAAGCCCCUCGUACAUCUUCCCACACUAAUUAGAACAGCGAUUAAUAUGUAUUGUAAUCCAUGACGGGUGAAACUGUCACACAACCGAUAGCAUUUUGGCAAGUCAUCUUGAUAUAGCAGCUGAAUUAGACUCGAGAUAGAUUUAUUCUACAAUUUUAUUACUCGUGAAUUAGUUUAAACCAAUUAAGUUAGCUAAGCUGAUAGUUGAUCGCUGACAGUAGUAAGAGUCGUGAAAAAUCCGAAGAAGCCGAAUAAAAUCCGACUUGUCUGGGAUGCAGCGGCAAAGGUUGGAGGUAUUUCCCUGAAUACCAUGCUUCUAAAGGGCCCAGACAUGCUGAUCCCUCUUGCUUCUGUACUUUGUGGGUUCCGACAGUACUCGAUAGCGGUCUCAGGCGAUCUUAAACAGAUGUUUCACCAGUUUAGGAUCCGACCUCAGGACGUACACAGCCAGCGGUUCCUCUAUCGUGAACAUCCAUCCAAACCAGUUACAACAUUUGUAAUGGACGUAGGAAGCUUCGGUGCUACGUGCUCUCCCAGUCAAGCACAAUACAUUAAAAAUCUUAAUGCAAAGGAGCAUGAAGCGGAGUUCCCGGAAGCUACAGACGCCAUCGUCAAGAAGCACUACGUAGACGACUACCUUGAUAGCUUCGACACAGAGGAAAAGGCAAUCAAGGUGGCGUUAGAUGUGAAGACUGUACACGCUCGCGGCGGAUUCGAAAUACGUAAUUGGCAUUCAAAUUCUGCUGCGCUCCUCGAUCGAGUCGGGAAUACCAAGCACCAAGAAUCGAAGGUGAUCAACGUUGGAACUGAAAACGAGGCCGAGCGGGUUCUGGGCUUGAUAUGGAUGCCGAAUGAAGACUAUUUAGCGUUCGCUGCUGAUCUGAAGUUGGAUGAAGUUACUCCCACGAAACGAAACAUUCUACGGUGCGUUAUGAGCUUGUUUGACUCUCAAGGUAUUCUAUCACACGUUACUGUUCAAGGACGGAUGAUUAUUCAAGAUACCUGGCGCAGUCAAGUCAGUUGGGAUGAGGAAGUUAGCGAUUCUAUACAGACUCGGUGGCGCAAGUGGAUUAAGUUGCUGGAGGAGGUGAACAAAAUUAGACUUCCUCGACCCUAUUUCCCUGGAUUCUCUGCUGCGGAUAUUGGGUGUGUCGAUCUACAUAUCUUUACGGACGCCAGCGAAGAGGCAUACGCUGCCACGGCCUAAUUUCGUACCGUGAAGAACGAGAAGGUCUACUGCA